AUGUACCAAUACGAGAAUAGCAUGACCUUCGAUUCCCAGGGGCAGGGAGGAGUCUACAGCGCCAACGCCAGCACAGGGUCUCCCAACACAAACAGUACCCGACAACAACACGCCACAGUCAAGAGAAGGAAUAGCAUCGAGUCAGACAGCUCCCUCGAGUUGAGAGGGCCAAUGGAGGUCGACGGAUUGGUCAAAUCCGGCGGAGGCGUUGCGUUCUCGGGGAACUUUGCAGUGAGAGAUCGCAUUGAGGCGUAUGGGGAUAUUAGUAUUGUUGGGGAUUUGAGGUGCAGUAGUAGGAUUAAGGCAUAUGGAAACGUCAAGAUUGAUGGGAGUGCGCUGUGUGUCGACAGAGUCAAAAUCUUUGGAAAACUAAAAAUCAACGGUACCUUUGAGGUCCAAGGGGACUUGGAAGUCUGGGGAGCCAUCACCAUCAACGGGUAUCUGAAAUGCAAAAGCCUAACAGCAUACGCAUCCAUAACCACCGUCGGUGACCAAUCUUGGUAUCAAACCGAACAGGGCGAGAUUGUCCAUGGUGCUAAGCUCAUCCAGAGGACUAACUAUGAGGGAUAG